UGACAUUGACUUUGACAAUUAGUGCUGAAGAAAAGAAAAAAAGAAACUGGAAACGAAAUGAAAUAUUUUUAUUGAUUUGUUGGAAUUUUUUGUUUUACCUCAAGUAAUUGUAUUGGAAGGGCACCGUUUCACUUAUUUUACGUUUUUUAUCCAAGCUAUAAUUGUUUAAGAAGAUUGAGGUGUGAUAUUAAUCUAGUCAAAAUGAGUCCUGUGGAGAGUGUGCCGGUAGCUGUUUUGAAUUGUGUUGAUGAUUAUGUCGAGCUGCUCUAUGAUGACAUACCAGAGAAGAUAAAAGGAUCAGCACUUAUUUUGCAACUUGCCAGGAACCCAGAUAAUCUCAUUGAAUUGGCAAGAAAUGAGGCUCUAUUAAGUGCUCUUUCAAGAGUUUUAAGAGAAGAGUGGAAGAGGAGUAUUGAACUCAGUACAAAUAUAGUGUAUACAUUUUUCUGUUUUUCAACAUACAAUGAGUUUCAUCCAGUCAUUAUCCAGUACAAAAUUGGGUCUUUGUGUAUGGAUGUCAUUGACUAUGAACUAAAGAGAUAUGAUCAAUGGAAAGAAAAGGUGGAAGGGAAAAAAGUGCUUACUCCUGAUAAGAGUGAACCUCCUAAGAGUCGAAUCCCUGAACCAAAACGACGCCCAAAAUCUGGCACUUGGGCUGUGGCCGAUGUAAAUCUACAAAAGUCACGAUCACUUGUAUCCAGUUACCAUGAGGAUCUGUGUAAUGCUUCUGAUGAGUGUCUAUCAAAGAAUGAUGAAGAGCAAAUGAAGAGAAAGUUAAAAACACUGUCAAAAAGACAAGAGCAGCUGUUACGGGUAGCCUUUUAUAUGCUACUGAAUAUUGCAGAUAAUGUGAAAGUUGAAGAAAAAAUGCACAAAAAAGACAUAGUUGGCCUACUCAUUGGAGCUAUGGAAAGACACUCUAACAUGGAUCUACUCAUUUUGAUUGUUUCAUUCUUGCAAAAGCUAUCCAUUUUUGUGGAAAAUAAAAAUAGUAUGGCUUCUAAAGGCAUAAUAGAGAAACUAGCUCCUUUAUUAGACUCUGCUAACGCUGAUUUAGUGAAUGUCACAUUAAAGUUGCUAUUUAAUUUGACAUUUGAUACUAAGAUGCGAAAUAAAAUGGUUAAGAUUGGCUUGCUGCCAAAGUUUAUUCAAUUCACAAGUGAUGAUAAGCACAUCAAUUUGGCAAUGAAAAUUUUGUAUCACCUAAGUAUGGAUGAUAGAUUCAAGCUAAUGUUUACCCAGUCUGAUUGUGUAAAAUUGCUGACCGACAUGCUGCUGCUGAACGUGAGCAGCGAGGCGGGCGCUGUGGGCGCUGCGGGCGCGGAGGCGUCGAGCACGGAGGUGCUGGUGGCGCUGUGCGUGAACCUGGCGUGGUGCGCGCGCGCCGCGGCGCACAUGGCGGGCGAGGGCCGCCUGCGCGAGCUGCUGGCGCGCGCCUUCCGCCGCCGCAGCGCCGUGCUCAUGAAGCUCGUGCGGAACCUCUCGCAUCAUAACCACAACAAGCCGCUAUUUGUGGAAUUCGUCGGCGACAUAGCCGGUGCGGUGACGGGCGGCGACGCGUCCGAGGACUUCGUGGUUGAGUGUAUCGGCACGUUGAGCAACAUCCUCACCCUCAACAACAACAUCGAUAUAUAUGCCGUCGUCGAGAGAUACAACCUCAUUCCUUGCAUUAUGAAGAUUUUGGAUCCAGAGAGCCAGAGCGAGCCGGAGCUGGUGCUGGAGGGCGUGGUGCUGUGCGGCACGCUGGCGGCGGAGCGGCGCUGCGCCGAGGCGCUGGCGGCGGCCGCGGCGGGCGCGGCGCUCGUGGCGCUGCUGCGCCUGCGCCAGGCCGACGACGACCACGUGCUGCAGACCGCCUUCGCCUUCCGCCAGAUGCUCGCGCAUCCAAUUGCUGCGGAGUACCUCGUUACGAAAACCGAGGCUCCCGCUUACCUAAUUGAUUUAAUGCAAGAUAAGAAUGUAGAAAUAAGAAAAAUGUGCGAUUCAUGUCUGGACAUUAUAUCACAGAUGCAAAAUGAUUGGGCAGUCAGAAUAAAGGUGGAGCGGUUCCGCUGCCACAACGGGCAGUGGCUGUCGGUGGUGGAGACGCUGGGCGCAGAGGGCGGCGCGGCCGACGCGGCCGACGACCUGCCGCCCUACCUGUCGGCCGAGUACCUCACCACGCACCGCCUCGCCACCUCCGAUUCGCAGUCGUCGCUCAACGAUGAUUCGGAUAGUUUCUGUGGUGAUGUCGAUGUCAACCGCACUAACAGCAGGAAUACUGAUGGUAACUUAGACGAGCUCUAUGGUAUGACGGAUUCUUUAUCCGGGAAAACUACAGAUAACGACACGGAAUUCACGAGUGAUCUCAAAGUAUUUGCUUAAUUAUGUAGCCUUCAGUUAUUUACGUCAUACAUAACUUCACCAAAUAAUACUUAUGACAUAAUAACGAGUUGCUUAUCUAUGUGUAUUGUAUUAAAAACGUAAUAAACCAUUUUAAACACA